AUGGACGUAGCCCGUCUCCAGCUCAGCGAGCGUUUUCACUCGGACUUUCCUGUCCUGCGCUUGCACUCUGACAGAGGUGGUGAGUUCUCCUCCGACCUCUUGGCAGCCUACUGUGCUGAGCACGACAUUGAGAAGUCUUUCACGCUUCCGGCCUCUCCACAGCAAAAUGGGGUUGCGGAGCGCCGCAUUGGCCUGGUCAUGGAGGUCGCUCGUACCUCCUUGAUCCAUGCGACUGCCCCCCACUUUCUGUGGCCGUUUGCGGUCCGGUACGCUGCGCACCAGCUCAACCUCUGGCCCCGUGUCUCCUUGCCGGAGACCUCGCCCACGCUGCUGUGGACGGGGGAGGUUGGCGAUGCGUCGCGUUUCCGGGUCUGGGGGUCUCAAGCUUUUGUCCGCGAUUCGUCUUCGGACAAGCUCUCCUCCCGUGCUGUUCCUUGCGUCUUCCUCGGCUUUGUCCCGGACGCGUCUGGUUGGCAGUUUUACCACGCCACCUCGCGCCGAGUCUUGCCCUCCCAGGACGUCACUUUUGACGAGUCCGUCCCGUACUACCGCCUCUUCCCCUACCGCACUGCCCCGCUUCCCCCACCGCCUCUCUUCCUCGCGCCAGGUGCUACUGUUGCAGACCCCCUCCCCCCUCAGGGUGCCGCUCCCUCAGGUGUGUCUCAGGUAGACCCGGUUAAGCCUGUUGAGGUAGCUGUCGACUCUCGUCCUGCUGGGGGUGCUGAGCCUAGGGGUGUGGAGCCUGGGGGUGCUGAGCCUGGGGGUGUGGAGCCUGGGGGUGUGGAGCCUGGGGGUGUGGAGCCUCGUGGUGCUGAGCCGCAGAGUCUCGAGUCUGGGGGUUCUGGGUCUGGAGGUACUGGCCCUAUGCCGCUGGUACUGUAG